CGCCUAUAUCACUGUCUAUCCUGAACCGUGGAUCUGAAGGUGAACCAGAGACUGUACAUUUAAACCCGGCCCUGAAGCACCCUGUCCCCGUCUCUUACUGCUGCAUCCUCUACCCCUGAGCCAUGUCCAUAUUCAGUGAUGUCCCUCAGGCUCCUCCAGUGGCUGUCUUCAAACUGAGCGCCGAUUUCAGAGAGGACGGCCACUCGCAGAAAGUGAAUCUUGGAGUUGGAGCUUACCGUACCGAUGACUGCCAGCCCUGGGUGCUGCCGGUAGUAAAGAAGGUGGAGCGUCUGAUCGUCGACGACAGCAGCCUGAACCACGAGUACCUGCCCAUCCUCGGCCUGCCGGAGUUCCGAUCCGCCUCCUCCAAGGUCGCCCUGGGAGACGACAGCGCCGCUAUCAAGGACAACAGGGUCGGGGGUGUCCAGGCUCUGGGGGGGACGGGUGCCUUGAGGAUCGGGGCUGAGUUCCUGCGGCGUUGGUACAACGGCGUCAACAACACGGCCACGCCCGUCUACGUGUCAGCGCCCACCUGGGAGAACCACAACAGUGUGUUUGCUGAUGCUGGAUUCAAGGAUAUCCGUCCAUACCACUACUGGGAUGCUGCUAACAGAGGCCUGGACCUCGCCGGGCUCCUGGACGACCUGGAGAAAGCUCCAGAGCACUCCAUCUUCGUCCUGCAUGCCUGCGCUCACAACCCCACCGGCACCGACCCGACCCAGGAGGAGUGGAAGAAGAUCGCAGAGAUCAUGAAGAGGAGGAAUCUGUUUGUGUUCUUCGACUCGGCCUACCAGGGCUUUGCCUCCGGCUCUCUGGAUAAAGACGCCUGGGCCAUCCGCUACUUCGUCUCCGAGGGCUUCGAGCUGUUCAUCGCUCAGUCCUUCUCCAAGAACUUCGGCCUCUACAACGAGAGAGUUGGAAACCUCACCGUCGUGGCUCAGGACGGAGAGAACCUGACCCGCAUCCUGUCCCAGAUGGAGAAGAUCGUCAGGACCACCUGGUCCAACCCACCGUCUCAGGGAGCGCGCAUCGUCAGCAAGACCCUCAACUGCCCCGAGCUCUUCGCCGAAUGGAAGGGCAACGUAAAGACGAUGGCCGACCGCGUGCUGCUAAUGAGGGAUCAGCUGAAGAGCAAGCUGCAAGCUCUGGGCACCCCGGGGACCUGGGACCACAUCACCCAGCAGAUCGGCAUGUUCAGCUUCACCGGCCUCAACCCCAAACAGGUGGAGUACAUGAUCAAAGAGAAGCACGUGUACCUGAUGGCGAGCGGCCGCAUCAACAUGUGCGGUCUGACCAGCAGCAACAUCGACUACGUGGCUGAGUCCAUCCACGACGCCGUCACCAAGGUCCAGUGAAGGCUCUCCGCCCACUUCCUGCUUCCUGUCCGCCCGCAGGAAGCACCGUCAUGCCUCUUGUGCCCCGCCCCCUGCUCAUCCUCACCUCUGAUUGGUCACAGGGAUUCUGCGGUGUAACCAAUCAGAGGUCAGGAUGAUUUUCAGUUCUCACGUGAAGGGAGGUGCAAUGAUUUUAGGAUAACACUUGAACCAGGUUACUGUCCCGUCAUCGUCACACAACGCUUCCUCUGUCACUGCGAGCACUUCCGUGACUUCAGUCAGGUGUCCGUAGAGUCGAUCAAAAAGCCGUACCGGCGAGUUCAUGUACAUAGAUGUUAGAGGUCCUAAUGUUUCCUGAAGACGCACGAAAGCGCGUCUCGCUCUGAGCCCAAAACAAAUCAGGUUAGAUAAAAAUCAUGAUCCUUUUCCUUAAGGCGUAGGAAUUUGCAAUUUCAAUCAAUAUGUAUAUUAAUAAUUGAAUCCUCAUGCAGAAGUUGUUUUAAUAUUUAAUGCAGGAACAUAAAGGACAUGAGCAGAUAACGGUUCAAUAUUAAAUCAAUGACAGAGUUAAUUAAAUCCCUGCAACAUUUUAAAUAACUCACACAUGACAUGCAGGACGUAUUUAUUAUUACCCAUAAUCCCACUCUUCAUUGAUUUGGUCCCAUUUCCUGUUGUGUUGCGCCACCUUGUAACGAUUUCCCAUAUUGUAUCCAAAAUAUUUUUGGCGUCAUAAUGUAUUAUUAAGCAAAGCUAGAUACAGAUAACUCCCUGAUGAGCUUUUAAAAUAUGUGUUAGGAAGUACAUUUUGAUGACAUCAGAAACUUGUCUGUCAUGUGACCAGCUUAAAAGUCACUUCAUGGUUAUUGCAUGUGCCUUUUGUUGUUAUGUUUGCCCUGUCUCACCCGUGCAGCUACACGACCAUUCACUUUUAAAGACCACAGAUCGUCUUUGUGCCAUCAGUGAUCAAACCCCCCCUCAUCCUUGUCUGUGUGUUUCCUCUCCGCCCUGCAAAGCUCUUGUUGUGUUACAGAAACAUGUUGUUGUUGUUGUGAUGACCUCAGAGCCACAUUAACACACUCCCUGGUGUUGUUUGUAAUGGCUCACAGCAGUAUGUGCACUCAUGCUGGAUUAAAUUAUGAACCAUAGGAAACCA